GACUUGCAGCGCUGGCGGAGGCUGUGGUUGUUGCAGCGGUGUCUCUCUGCUGCUGAGCUCAUGGCUCACAGGAGAGCUGGUGGCUGCUGCUGCCCCCGGGCGCCCAUGAAUGAAGACAAUGCUCGUUUCUGCCUGCUGGCCGGCCUCAUCCUGCUCUACUUGCUGUGUGGUGCUGCCAUCUUCUCAGCCUUGGAGCACCCCUUUGAGCUGCGCGCCCGCCGCCUCUGGAAACAGCAGCUGGACAACUUCACGCAGAGAUACAGGGUCAACCUAGGCGCCCUGCACACUCUGCUGCGGCAGUACGAGGAGGCAAACGGAGCUGGGAUCAGAGUGGACACCCUGAGGCCUCGCUGGGACUUCUCUGGAGCUUUCUACUUUGUGGGUACGGUCGUCUCCACUAUUGGCUUUGGCAUGACUACACCGGUGACCAUAGCUGGGAAAAUAUUCCUAAUCUUCUACGGUCUUAUUGGCUGUGCUGCCACCAUCCUCUUCUUUAACCUCUUCCUGGAGAGGAUCAUCACAAUGUUAGCUUACAUCAUGCGCUGGUGCCAUGAGCGUCGGCUGAGGUGUGCUGGGGUGGAGUCGAGCAGGGAGGAGUCUUCCGGUGAGGAGGACAGCCUGGAGGGCUGGAAACCGUCGGUUUACUACGUGAUGCUGAUCCUGGGCGUGGCAUCGGUCAUGAUUGCGUGCAGCGCAUCCACCCUGUACAGCUCAAUGGAGAACUGGAGCUAUGUUGACUCCCUCUACUUCUGCUUUGUGGCCUUCAGCACCAUCGGCUUCGGGGACCUGGUGAGCAGUCAGAGGCAGCAGUAUGAGUCGCAGGAGGCCUACCGGCUCGGGAAUUGUCUGUUCAUCUUAAUGGGGGUGUGUUGCAUCUACUCACUUUUUAAUGUCAUUUCUAUAAUCAUCAAGCAAACACUAACUUGGAUCGUGGGGAAGUUGGUGUGCUCGGGGAGGCAUCGGCUCUGCUCCUGCUCCAAAUCUGGCUGCCGGUGGCUCUGCUGCCCCUGCCUCCAGAAAAAAAAUCGUAACCGCCUGCGCCCUCCUGCACACCUCAGGAGAAAACGCUUAAAACCAAACACCGUGCAGCCCAUGGCUUCCCACUGCCCUGCAGGGAGACACCGCUACAGGGACGGCUCGGUGGAGACGGUGUGUGACAGUGAGACAGACGCAGGCACAGUGGCUGAAGGGAUGUAUGUGGGCCGUCGUCUCUCAGGAGAGAUGAUCUCUGUCAAUGAGUUCAUGGUGUCCAAUAAGGUGUCUCUGGCUCUGCUGCAGAAGCAGCUGAGUGAGACUGCUCAUCAGGGCCCGCGGCAGAGCUACAGCCAUCAAAAUGGAUUCUCUGGUGGUGUUGGCGCUCUGGCCAUUAUGAAUAAUCGCCUACAGGAAACCAGUGUGGAUAGGUAGCCCCAAUUAGAGAGAAUUAUGUGCAUUGCCUUUUAUUAGAGCCCUUCUUAGAAAUGUUUCCUUACCAAGUUAUUUAGAGAAACUCAAUAAUCUGUCCCAUGACAAAUCCAAAUCCCUAUAAAAUAACACCCUCUAAUUAGCGUCUGUUCAGCACCUCUCUGAGGAAUUUCAAUGGGAGUCUCUGCUGGUAAAAGCAGACCUUCAGCAUUGAUUCUGGACGUCAAAUAAUUGAUUACAUUUUGUUCUGUGUAGAGAAAGACUACAAGGAAGACAAACACGAUUUCAAGAAUUCAGCAUCACUGUGAAGAGGGGUCUGAUGUCCUGAAGUGAUUGGCUCAUUCAAAAGCAAUCAGACGAAAGAAGCUGCCAAGGAGUACUUGAAGGGGCCUGCUGAUUUAAGAGUGCUGCACAUGUCCCCUGCCCACCUCAACAAAUACGGCCGAACGUAGUGUGGUAGUCAGUAUUAGCUAACAUACAGGCAUAAACACAAUAUCUACUCAACUAGCUGCAUAGAUAAAACAUUUGAGUUGUGAUUUGUAGUUGAACAGCUCUCCUUAAAGGCCCUGCAGGAGCUCAUGAGCACCAACACAUUUUAAUUUAUUGAUUGCUCACAAGUCGUUCAUUUUGUUUUGUCAGUCCAUGUCAUUGAAAUUCAAAGUAAUCCUUAAAGAGUGCAGAGAUCCAGGGUUUUCAAAAAGGCACAUCUAAUCAAACGUGGCCUGUAGAGGACGUCAUUAUGCCAACAGGUGUUGUACGGAUAGUCAACAGAAGGGAGAACAAGAUUCAGAAUCUCCUCGACUGACUGGAGGAGAUCCUCUACUAUGCAAGAAAACCCAUUUUAAUCAAUUGUGUGUCUUUCUGUAUAAUCAAAAGGUUUAUAUCAGUGUGAGUAGAACAGUUUCCUCUUUAAAAACGAAAUCAUCCGUUUUCCUCUAGUGGUCACGCUUGAUGAAGUUUCAAAACAUCAGAAAAGCACUUCUUUAGCAAGUUAUUGUGGGCAAAAACAAGUCAUCAAUUAAAUAUGCUUUAUUCAGCAUUAAAACAGUCAUGACUCUUAACAUGUAAUUUCUAUAGACAGCAUAUACUGUAAUACAUAUAAUUAAUAUCACAAUGCAGUAUAUGAUGCAGAUAUGAACAACUCCUAAACUGAACUGUUCUGAUGCUGUUUGUUUUGUCAACUAUAUAAAAGAUGUAUAAGGCAGCACAUGAGAAAUCAUCAAACCUAUGGAAAAAACACAUUUCACAUACACUUUACGGAAGAAAUGUUUCAGAAAUAUGAUUAAUAUAUAGAAAGAAUUGCAAGAAAAGUGGUCAUGUAGAACUUGUUCAUGUAAAAUUGAUUUUGAUUGAUUUUAGGGUGUUUCUUCUAGAUUUUUGAAACUGCAACAUUCUGUAUAAACUAUUUAUUCUGCUUCCAAACAUCACUCCAGCCUGGUGGUUAUUAUUCUACAUGUUUAAAGUAAGUCAUAGUUUAGUUUAUGUGUGAAGUGUUUUUUUUAAAAGUGUGUAUGCAUUGAGAUUUAGUUGUUAGAAUGGAGGAUAAAGAUAAAUGUGUGCAUUCCCAUCAACUGUCCAGUCUCUAGCACUGUUAGCAUUUCCUAUUGAAACACAUUGAUGCAUGUUAGCUGUAGGCUAGGUUUUGGAUGGCGCUAAUACAAUUGUCCUUCCUGAAGAGGAAAUUCUUUAAAAAUAUUUUAUUAUAUCUAUUCUUAAACAUCAUCUUCGAAAUAUAACUCUACAAACACAUACUCCUUAUUCCAUCUAAUGGAAAUGUACAAUUUCACAGCUGGUUGUUAUUCAGUUGUACAUUGAUUUAAACCCGUCAGUAUCUUCUGUUCACUGAAAUGAGGCAGAGGUUUGUUGCUGGAUCAUUGUCUCUGAGUAAGUGUUACAAAAUGUCCUUCUGUAUAAAUAUAAAAUGUAUCAGGCUUUAUUACA